CGCUGCUGCCGCCGCUCUGCGUCACGGCCCCGCUCUGCGCCGGCUCCGGGCGGCGGCGGAAGCAGCAGGGAAGGCGAGGGGGGAGGGCGGCGUUAAAGCAGCGGCAGGGCCCGGCUGGGUCGUACCGGGCCGGGCUCAUGGAGCCGUGCGGCAAGAGCGGCUGCUGGUUCCUGUACUACGCGUACGGCAGCAACCUGCUGCGGGAGCGGCUGCUGCUGCGCAACCCCUCGGCCGCGUUCUGCGCCCUGGCGCGCCUGCAGGAUUUUAAGCUCGAGUUUGGCCAUCAUCAAGGCAGGACAAGUUCUGUCUGGCAUGGAGGUACAGCUACCAUUGCUCAGAGCCCUGGAGAUGAAGUGUGGGGAAUAGUGUGGAAAAUGAACACUUGCAAUCUAAGUUCGCUGGAUAAGCAAGAGGGAGUUGAGGAUGGCAUUUAUGUCCCAAUAGAAGUCAAUGUCCACACUCAAGCAGGAAAGGUACUGACCUGUCGAAGCUACCAGAUGAAGGACUAUGUCUCUGGUCCUCCUUCUCCACAGUAUAAAAAGGUUAUCUGCAUGGGUGCAAAACAGAAUGGCUUGCCAACUGAUUAUCAGGAGAAAUUAGAAGCUAUUGAAACUAAUAACUAUGCAGGACCAGUGCCAAUCAUGGAAGAGAUUGAAGCUGCUGUUAAAGCAGAGAAAAUAAAUUCUGCAUAGAAUGCCUCUGCAUUUGCUUGGCCAUUCACCUUGAUUUAGAUACCUCUCCUCACUGUGCUGAUCAGCAGUUUCUUUAUUUAUCAAGAAAAGAUGAGUUUGCUUUGCAUCUACAGUAAACCAUUAGACAUAACUUGCAGUCUGAAGACACACUGACAUUGGUAACUUCUUUUUGUAUGUAUAGCUUGACUACAUGCUGAAGUACAUUGCAGAUUUAGAAAUUAUCUUUCUGUAACUCAUGCAGUGGUGCAUGUAAAUUUGUGCUUCAUGUCCAGUUUACUGACCUUUUUAAAAGAAAAAGGCCAUCUGCAUGAGUUUUGGCACCUGUUGCCUUCUGAAGAAUAAGGGUUGCAGGAUCAGGUCGUGUGUUUGUAAAAGUUAAAUGUAUACAUGACUACAUUUGUUAGAUGCAAAGUAAACUCAAACCUCUAAGGCUAAACCUUUUUCUCUGCUACUUCUCUUAAUGGUUUAAAGCCCAACUUAUCUGAUGCUAUGGAGUUCCUGUUCCUGUUUUAUAGUUAAUAAAAAAGUAGCAUUUUUUUAACUCCUUCCAUGUUUUAAAGUGUAAGUCCAAAAGGCAGCCUGAGCCUGAAGACAAAGUUCAGCAAAGCAUCUCAUUCAAACUGUCAUGGUUUCCUUCCUUUCAAUGUGUAGUGAAAGUCAUAGGUGAACUGGUUAGCUAUAACCAAGGCAUUUUUAAAAGAAUUCAUUUUAGUUUGAUAUUUCCAAGGGGUGUUUUUAAAUUACCUUUUGACUGGCUUGUUUGUCUAUCUAUGGCUUGAUCCAGUGAAAUCAGAAAGUCUCCUUUGAGUCCUAGGACAUUUAUUCUGUGGGGGUUUUUUGUUAAACCAUAAAUGAACAGACUUGGCCUCUUGGGUUUUUGGUGGGUUUUUUGGGGGGGUUUGUUUUGGUGGGGUUUUUGUUUGUUUGUUUUUUGGUUUUUUGGUUUUUUUCUCCCCACAGUUUGACAAUCCAAUGCAAAACUGGAAGCUUUUGUAACAUACAGAGUAUUUAUUUUAAUGGUACUUUGCAACCCCUGCAGUUUGUCUAUGGGGGAUGAGGAAAAAUUGACAGUCUGGAAGAUGUCAAAUCACUGAGAUUUGGCUUUUCUUCUCUACAGUGUAUUUUUUUCUCUUGAUGUACAGAGAGGUGUAAGAUAUAAUUGAUGUCACUGUGUGACUGCUUAGAUAAAUGAUAAAAUAACAGACUGCCCAUGUCUUCUCUGUAUAAAAUCUUUUCUAUAAACUUCUGUCAGGUAUGUGUAGCUGCUGUCCUGAUGUAAUAUGCCUGUUGCCAGAGUUGGGCACGGUGACUGCUGUAAAACAUGUUACUUUCUGUAUUAGCACUAUCUAGUUUGAGUAAAUAAAAUUGUGAUUACCAAACCUCUGCCAUGCCUGUUCAGUGUGCACCCCUCAAGAAUAUCACAGAACCACAGAUUAAGGUUAGAAGGGACCUCUGGAGAUCAUCCAGUCCAACACCCUGUCAAGGCAGGGUCACCUCGAGCAGACGACACAGGAACACGUCCAGGUGUGUUUGGAAUGUCUCUGGAGAGGAAGACUCCACAACCUCCCUGUGCAGAGUGCGUUGCUGAUAUAAAUAAAAACUGGUGAUGUGGGAACGCA